AUGAGUGUGGCGUUCGCCGCCUGUGUGGUACUGGUCUCGCUGUCUGCUGGGCUGCUGGCAGUCGCGACGUGGUUGUGGGCAACCCGCCGUCGAACGUCGAUCCCAGGACCCCCGACACAGCCGCUGCUGGGAAACGCGCUCAUCUUCUACAAGCUGCCCGUACUGUGGGACCGCCUCGCGGGGCUGCACAGUCGCUACGGGGACAUCUUCAGAUUCUACGUGGGCCCGAAGCUGGUGAUCGUGCUAACACAGCCAGAAGACGUCAAGUGUGUCCUUUUGGGCAGCAAACCGCGACAACGCGAACCCUACGUUGCGGACGUACUCCGUACAUUUAUGGGAGACGGGCUACUCAGCAUCAGCGGCGGAACCUGGAAAAGACACCGAAAGAACCUCGAGCCGGCGUUCCAUAUAGAAGAGCUGGAGAAAUUCAUGUCCAAAUUCAACGACGCUGGGCGCUUUUUGUGCGAGCUGCUGGAGGAAAAGAAAGGCACAGAGGUGGAACUGUACCACCCACUCAUGCACACUGCUCUUCGUUCGGUUGUAGCCACUAUUUUAGGCAUCGACUUGGAGCGGAUUUUACCAGGUCGGUUUCGGCAGGCUGAGGUGGUUGAUCUAAUGACGGAUUUCGGAAAAACUUUAUCGGAGACUGGGCGGCUGUUCACGACGGUCCCUUGCAUGCCGUACCUGGUGCCUGAGGACACACCGCUGCCAGGUGGCCGGCACGUCGCGCCCCAGGGCAGCACGGUGCUCAUAGCCUACUAUCUGAUGCACCGCCACCCCGAUCUCUUCCCCGAGCCACACAAGUUCGACCCCGGCCGGUUCCUGGAGGGCGGGAGCGCCACGUCCAGAAAAGCCUACAGCUACAUCCCUUUUGGCAUCGGCACUCGCAAGUGUAUUGGCAACCGAUAUGCAGUACUGCAGAUGAAAGUCAUCCUAGCGACGAUUCUGCGGCGCUACCGAAUACUUCCCGGAACGAGCAGGGGGGAACUGGAAGCGAGUGUGAUGUCAAUAUCAUCUCACCCAAUCACUGGCUUUAGAGUUACUUGUAUCCCACGAGAAAACGUACCCUCCAAUUCAGUGUGA